AUGUCUUCCCGUCGCACCAUACGAUCCGUUCGCUUUGCGGAAGUAGAUGAAGCGAUUCCUGAUGUCGACACUCCUUCACCCACGCUUUCCUCCUCCCCGCUAUCCUCACCCGGUCUUGAAACGCCUUCCUCAAGUCCAAUUGACCCGCUAUUUGCUCCGACUUCCUCCCAUUAUCUUCCAUGCAUCCCCUUGCCCCUCCAAGCAGAUCCAUUAGUCGAUGGAUUCUUGACCAUCCACCAAAUCCUGGCCCUCCCUUUGACGGGAACACUACCAUUCAAGUUUGACGUUACACGCGACCCCGCUCGCACUCUAGAGUUCGAUUCAUCGAGCAUUCUGACGCCGGCGGUCCUCGCUGAGCCGGCAACCACACCACCACUAGAUGUGAUGGUGCUCAACUGCGAAGACUUUCCUUGGCAGUUCGUCAUCCGCCCACAGAACUCAAAGGAGUUUGUGACGGUUUCCGAUGUUUUGAGCGGCAUCUAUGCCUCUCUGCGAAUACCCGUCAAUUAUGGGGACUUUUAUGGACUGUCUGAGGAGAAGCAUAGUAUGAUCACGCAAACCUUCUUUCACCGGUAUGACAGGCACGGGGAGACGGAGGCGAAAGAAAAAGAGAAGGCGAAAGGUGUCAAACGUGCUGACUUUUUGGUCGGGAGGAACGCUUUCGCUGGACUCUGCCCCACUCGCUCACCGCUCGCCUGGGAGCUUACUCUUUCCCCAGUUUGA